AUGGACAUUUUUAAUCAAUAUAUUUACAAGUUAAGAGACUUGUGUUUAAAUGAACCAUAUAUUAUAAUUAUAGAUGACAUAGCUCCGAAAUUAAGGCAUUAUAUUCGUCUUCUCGAUGUUAUUAAAUUUGAAGAUGGGUCUUACCAUACCUACUAUGGCGAAAUAAAAGAUAUUUUAAACAGUUUUACGGAUCAUUGGACUGAAGUAAUGGAUGCAGCAAUAAGAGAAGCCGAUAGAAUCAGUCAUUCUUUAACUAAAAGUGAAUUAUUACAAAUGAUUGAAAAAACAAUAUCUAUGCAAGAAAAGAAACAAUUAAAUUUUGAAAAAGAGUUCUUGCUUAAUGAAAAUUCUUCAAAAAAUGAAUUAUUUGAUAAUCUUCAAGACAAAUAUACCAAGUAUAUGGAGCGUUUUCACAAUAUUAAAGAUGAACUUAAAUCACUCGAUAAGCAAGAUGAAAUACAAACUUUUGCUAAGGAACAAUGUCAAAUUUCUUUGAAAAGGGAAAAUGAUAUAUUUGCUUUCACCUACAAUUUCAUUUCUUAUAAAUUGAGCUUAGUUAUUGACCGUAUUCGUGUAAGCCUAGAAGAAAUUUUAAAUCGCUUUCAAAAUAACGUGCGUACAAUGGAAGAGAUAUCUGAAGUGGAUCUAUCACAUUUGUUGAUUCGUCUCUAUGAAAAGAGUAAAGAGCAUAUUAUAUUGUCGCGGCAAGAUGUCAGAUCAUCGGGGGAUAUAGCCGAAGUACAACGUAGUAUGGAAAUAUUAAAAGAUAAGAUAGAAGAAACAAAGCAUAUGCCGAUGCAUCGAUUGCAAGAAGAAUGCAAGUAUUGGACAGAUAAAAUUAGCGAAUUCCAGCAAAUUGAGGAAACCAUGAAAAAAGUAGCGGCCGAAGAAAAGAAUCUGUUAGAACAAGAAAAAUUGUUACACGAAUUAAAGAAAACAGAAAUACCACCAGCUAAAACGAAAUGCUGGGAAAAUAUGGAGAAGAAGUCAAAACAAAGGUUUGAGGAAUUGUGCGAGAUGAAACUGAACGCUGCAAAGGCUUUGUCUACAUUUUUUAGUGUGAGAGGCCCAGAUCGAAUAUAUUAUACAGACGCUAUUGGUACUUACUUCGUAGAUGAAUAUGGACACCAGUGCUAUGUAUUUGACCACGGUCUGAACAGCUAUCAUGUUGAUUGUGAUGGAAACUUUAUUAAAAAACCGGAAACAGAUCCAUACUUUUUCGAUAACAACGGUCGUUUCAUCGUCACUAAAGACAGUGAGAAGUUCUAUCAAAUAGGGCCGUGUACAAGCACUUAUACCAUACAAAACGAUUUAUUUGUGAAACAUUCUAAAGAUUGCGGCCAUUCUGAGGCCUUAAAGAAAGAUUGUCGUAUGGAAAUUAAAGAUCAUACUGAUUACGUUAUUUUACCGGAAGUUAAACCUGUCGAUAUUAAAGGUAAAUUAAGUCCUGAAGAUGCAAAAUACUUAUGGGAUACAUUCGGCCACAUAUUGCCGGAUGUGCUUUGUGACGUUGCAGAGACCAAACCAAAAAAUCCCAUACAUAUAUUGGCACAUAAACUAUUAACAUACAAAUACAAAACAUCGAAUACUGAAAUGUCGAAAAAGAAGGAAGAAGCACGGAAGUAUCAGGAAAAGAAAAUAAACGCUUUACAUAAAGCUUGGAAAUCAAAGCAAGUGAAGCGUCGUAAGCCCGAGGAAUCCGAUGACACUAUGGAUAGAUUUGUUUACAAUUCGUAUAAAAACGAACAGAAUUUUAUAUUGUCUUUGGAAAAUUAUAACGUU